AUGCCGAUUCACCGAAUUCACGCUCGUCAGAUUUAUGAUUCUCGUGGUAAUCCAACUGUUGAAGUUGAUUUAUCUACUGAAAAAGGCGUUUUUCGAGCUGCUGUUCCAAGUGGUGCAUCCACUGGUGUGCAUGAAGCUCUAGAAUUGAGGGAUUUGGAUAAAAAUGUGCAUCAUGGUAAAGGUGUUCUCAGAGCAGUUGCAAACAUUAAUGCAAAAAUUGGGCCAGCGAUCGUCUCCAAAAAUUUUUGUCCAACUCAGCAAGCCGAAAUCGAUAAAUUCAUGUUGGAACUUGAUGGAACUGAAAAUAAAUCGAAUCUUGGUGCAAAUGCCAUCCUCGGUGUUUCGCUAGCCGUCGCGAAAGCAGGAGCUGUUCAUAAAGGGAUGCCGUUAUACAGAUAUAUUGCUGAAUUAGCCGGUGUAUCGCAAGUUGUUCUUCCUGUACCCGCGUUCAAUGUUAUUAACGGUGGAUCUCAUGCUGGUAAUAAACUUGCUAUGCAGGAGUUCAUGCUUCUACCAGUCGGCGCGAAAUCAUUCAGUGAAGCUAUGCGUAUGGGAUCAGAAAUAUAUCACUGUUUAAAGGCGGAAAUUAAGAAACGUUACGGUCUUGAUGCAACUGCUGUUGGUGAUGAAGGAGGUUUCGCACCAAAUAUUCAAGAUAAUAGAGAAGGUUUAGAUUUGCUCAACACUUCUAUUGCAUUAGCAGGUUACACUGGAAAAGUAUCAAUCGGAAUGGACGUUGCGGCUUCUGAAUUUUACAAGUAUGAUUUGGAUUUCAAGAAUCCGAAUUCAGACAAAAGUUUAUGGAAAACUGGUGAUGAAAUGGCCGAACUUUAUCAGUCCUUUAUCAGAGAAUAUCCUGUAGUAUCAAUUGAAGAUGCUUUCGACCAAGAUGAUUGGACAAAUUGGACUAAACUAAAGGCUAAUACUAAUAUCCAACUCGUUGGUGAUGAUUUAACUGUCACUAACCCCAAACGAAUUAUGAAAGCUAUUGAAGAAAAAGCUUGCAACUGUCUUUUACUUAAGGUCAACCAAAUUGGAUCAGUUACUGAAUCGAUUGAGGCUGCAAAGCUGUCACGCAGCAACGGAUGGGGUGUUAUGGUGUCUCAUCGUUCCGGUGAGACAGAGGAUACAUUUAUUGCUGACUUAGUUGUUGGUCUUGCCACUGGCCAGAUAAAAACUGGUGCACCCUGCCGUUCCGAACGUCUCGCGAAAUACAAUCAGCUGUUACGUAUCGAAGAAGAACUAGGAGCUGCAGCGGUUUAUGCUGGAGAAAAGUUCCGAAAUCCUCAAGCUUAG